AUGGAUCUAACAGAAAUUACAAUGAUUAAUGAUCUAGGUCUCUCAAAUGACAACUACACAAUUAAAGUGCGAAUAAUCCGGCUUUGGAAACAAACAACUUGGUCGAAACCACACGAGACACGACAAAUCGGAAUGAUUUUAAUGGAUGAAGAGGGUAAUAAAAUUGAAUGCACUGUGGACAAACCAUAUGUUAUACUGGGAAAGGCACUUGAAGAAUAUGCUGAUGUUUACAUUCAUAAGCCAACACUUGGUUUGUAUGUUGAUGAUGCCAUGAAGUUUGUUGACAUUCAAAACAAAUUGUUUUUUCAAUAUACCACUAAAGUAAACAAGUGCAUUGGUUUUAAUGGGCCCUUGAAUUCUUUCGCUUUUGCAAACUUCCAAGAUGUUAUCGAUAAGGCGAUCCCUUCAACUAUUUCUUUUGAUGUGAUCGGUAAUGUUUUUCAAUGCUAUCCACUGGAACCUGCAACCCAAAAACUUGAUAAAAGGAUUACACUGAAAUUGGAAGAUUUAGAGGGACGACAAGUGCUUGCUACUUUGUGGGGAGAUUAUGCUGAACAAAUUGAUUCCUAUGUAUCCAAACAUCGGGUGAAUUUUGUAAUGAUUAUUCAGUGUGCUAGGUGGAAGGAUUACCGAGGGCGUGUAUAUGUGAAUAACACAUAUUUAGCAACAAAGCUAUUCAUUGAUGAGCAAGUUGAAGAAAUUAUUGAUUUCAAAAAAAAGUUUAAAGAAAAAGAAAGUGGAUCGGCUUCUUCAUGUUCUCGUGCUACAACAUCUUCUAUCAUGUAUAGUGUACAUGAUGACUUUCUGAAAAAUACUAAAUUUUACCAGAUUUCCAUGAUCCACGAAUUAGAUGAGGGGAGUUAUGCCAUCAUUCUUGGAACAAUUAAGAUGUUUACAGAUAAUCAAGAAUGGUACUACCCGGCUUGCAAGAACUGUAAGAGAAAGGUUCAUAAAAUGCCCAUUGAACAGGCAAAUCUUUUGGAUCAUGUGGCUGAGAAUGAAUCUUGGGUAUGUACACAGCAUAAGUGCAAAAACCAAGUCAUAGUUGCUGAACCAAGUUUUAUGCUCAAAAUUCGAGUACAAGGCUUGGUGGGAGUAGUGACACUUACUCUGUUUGAUCGGGAUGUUAGAAGUAUUCUAAACAUUUCAGCAUCAGAUUUGAUAGAAAAGUAUGAAAAGAUGGGUGACACUGUUGCUUUUCCUGUUGAGAUCAAUGAACUUAUUGGUAGAAAAAUGGCUUUCAAAAUUAUAGUUAGAGGCUUUACCGCUGGAAGAAAAUACAUUCGUAGUUACAACAUAUCAAAGAUAAGUGAUGAUGUUGACAUAAUUUCUGCACUCGAGAAGCUUGAAAAAGCAAACCACAUUGAACAGGACAGUGAAACUGAGUCUGUUAAUGUCGUGGUCUCAGAUUUCAACUCUCAGGAUACAAUUGGUUUUAAGGGUUCUGCUUCCUUCGUUGCUGAUAAUACUCAUAUCUCUACUUUUCCAAAUACUAUCUCAAUGACUCCAUCAACCAACCAUGACACCACUAGCCUGCUCUCACCAACUACCAAUGUGAAACGUAAACUUGUAGAUGUUUACGAUCUUGAAGAUACUGUUUGUGAGUCAUCAACAAAACCUUCAAAAAUAUCCAUUGGAAUCAAGGAAACUGUUGUGUCCACCCAACUAUUGAUUCCUAAAGUCGAGAAGUGAGAUCUUAUGAACGUUUCAAACAAUUUUAAGUUUUUCGUUUUUUUUUUAUCAUUCAAGUCGAACAUCAAUUUUUAGAUUUUAUGGUUUGUCAAGAAUACUUUCGUAAUUGGUUUCACAUAUUCUGUUUUCUUUAUUUUUAUGUUAAGAAUGGAUUUUGAAUGAACAUAUAGCAUUGAUGUAUCACAUAAACUUAAUAAAAAAUAAAAGAUUGAUAAGCAGUUAACAAGG